AUGGCGGGUAGCGCAGCGGAGGACGCAGGCGCGGGCUCCGCCGACGUCCUGCGGAGACACCGGCAGAGCACUCGGCCCGGCGGCCGCCCACCUCCUCGCUCCGCGAGCCGGCCGUUCCCCGGGCUACUUGCCGCUGCCGGGUGCAGCCACGCCCACCGCCAGCCCUCACGCCGCGAUUGGCCCAUACGAUCCGCCCCGUCCCUAUGUGGCCCAAUCCGGGAUCGCCACGAGAAGCAACCAAUAGGAGGACCCCGGGUCAGCGUCCCUCGAGGAGAGGCGGGGACGAGGGCGUGGAGAUUCGAAUUUAUCCCGGUGCCCCUCAAGCCUCGCGAGCGACGCCCGUGGAUGCCAUCUUUACUCUGGGCAUGGCCGGGGCCCUGCCGUGAGGCGAUUGGGGCUUCGGUAGCCAUAUUAGGUUUGGGCAAGGGCUUCGCUUCUGUCCUCUGUUUCCGCCUCUCUGCUUCCGGUCAGGUCACCCCAGGAGGCUGCGCUACGAGCGACGACCGCAGGGCUUGCGAGGGGACCGUGCAGAUGUGCAGAGCGGCAGGGAAGAGGCCAGCAGGCAGGCAGCGUCUGCUGUUGGGGCUGCUGGUUGCUGCUGCCACAGUGCAUCUGCUCAGCUGCCCCUACGCCAAGGUGGAGGAGAGCUUCAACCUGCAGGCGGUGCACGACCUGCUCUACCACCGUCUGGAUGUAGAGAAGUAUGACCAUCUUGAAUUCCCCGGAGUGGUCCCCCGAACGUUCCUCGGGCCCCUGCUGAUCGCAGCACUCUCCAGCCCUGCGGUGUAUGUGCUUUCACUGUUGGACGUGUCCAAGUUUUAUUCUCAGCUAACAGUCAGAGCAGUCCUUGGACUUGGAGUGAUUUUUGGACUCUGGACUUUACAAAAAGAAGUGCGACGACAGUUCGGGGCCACGGUGGCCACCAUGUUCUGCUGGGUGACAGCCACACAGUUCCACCUGAUGUUCUACUGCACUCGGACCCUCCCCAAUGUACUGGCCCUGCCUGUGGUCCUCCUCGCUCUCGCAGCCUGGAUGCAGAACCGGUGGGCCCGCUUCAUCCAGUACUCAGCCUUUGCCAUCCUGGUCUUCAGGGCUGAGCUGAGCCUCCUCCUGGGCCUUGCGCUGCUGCUGCUACUGCUGACCAGAAAGGUGUCUGUGACCAGGACCCUCCGCUGUGCCGUGCCAGCUGGGAUCCUUUGCUUAGGACUGACAGUCGCUGUAGACUCCUACUUCUGGCGCUAUCUCGUGUGGCCAGAAGGAAAAGUACUUUGGUACAACAUCGUCCUCAACAAGAGUUCCAGCUGGGGAACCUCCCCGGCACUGUGGUAUUUCUACUCGGCCCUGCCCCGGGGCCUGGGCUGUAGCCUGCUCUUUGUGCCACUGGGUGCCAUGGACAGAAGGGCUCGCGUUCUGCUCCUGCCAGCCCUGGGCUUCGUGGCUCUGUACUCCCUGCUACCGCAUAAGGAGCUGCGCUUCAUCAUCUACACCUUCCCUGUGCUCAACAUCGUGGCUGCCAGGGGCUGUGCCCACACGCUCAAUAACUAUAAGAAGUCAUGGCUGUACAAAGCAGGCUCCUUCCUCGUGGUAGGACACCUCAUGGUGAAUGCCACCUACUCGGCCACGGCCCUGUAUGUGUCCCAUUUCAAUUACCCUGGCGGCGUGGCGAUGCAGAGGCUACAUGAGCUGGUGCCCGCUCAGACAGAUGUCGUUCUGCACAUCGAUGUGGCUGCUGCACAGACUGGUGUGUCUCGGUUCCUGGAAGUCAAUGGUGCCUGGAGGUAUGAAAAAAGAGAGGAUGUGCAACCCGGGGCGGGGCAGAUGCUGGAGUACACACACCUUCUCAUGGAGGCGGUCCCUGCCCACCUGGCAUUCUACAGGGACACACACCGGCUCCUCGCCAGCAUCCCAGGAACCAGUGGGGUGCAACUGACUCUUGCCCGACUGCCUCCCUUUGAUGUCAACCUACAGACAAAGCUGGUGCUUCUUGAAAGACACAUCAGGCCUUCCUGAAAAGAAGAUGGUGUUUUCCACAAGACAACACGAGCAGUGGCCCUCCACAACCACCCCCAGGGCCAGUGUCCUCAGCCCAGCUGCAUUUGAGACUGAGGGCACUGCUGCCAGGGCUGACAGGAGGGAAAAGGCUGCUGUCACACAAUGGGGAUGAGACAUCUGCCUGCAAGCUGCCUACAAUGUUUGUUCCUCCUGGGGACAGCCUGUGCCUCAGCUCCACGGGCAGCAUCCCACAGCCUGGCUACAAGAUGAAGGUGCCAUUUCAACAUGAAACUUUAGGAGAGGAACAUACUCCAAAAGGAAAAAAAUAAAAAUCUUCUGUUUUCUUACCUGUCUUAUUUGA